CAGGGCUGAAGCUGAGCAGGCAGUUAAAGGAGAAACAAAGGUUACUGCUUCAAUGCUCGGGAUAUCUGAGGACAUCUGGCAGAAAACAAUCAAAACUUUACAAACAUCUUCUUCUACUUCAUCUUCAACUCUGAGUGAUUCAUCUCUCCAAUCCCAAACCGGAUUUGCUUCAAUUCAAGGAUCACAAGCUGCCUUUGGCACUCAAGGACAAAAGUUUCAAGGAACUCAAGCUGCCUUUGGCACUCAGGAACAAAAUUUUCAAGGAAUCCAAGCUUCCUUUGGAACUCAAAAUUCUCAAGGAACUCAAGCUGCGUUUGGAACUCAAGGGCAAAAGUUUCAAGGAACUCAAGCUGCCUUUGGAACUCAGGGACAAAAUGUUCAAGGAACACAAGCUGCCUUUGGCACUCAAAAUUCUCAAGGAACCCAAGCUGCCUUUGGAACUCAAGGACAAAAGUUUCAAGGAACUCAAGCUGCCUUUGGCACUCAAAAUUCUGAAGGAACCCAAGCUGUUUUUGGCGCUCAAAAUUCACAAGGAAACCAAGCUGCCUUUGGAAUUCAAGGACAAAAGUUUCAAGGAACUCAAGCUGCAUUUGGAACUCAGGGACAAAAUUUUCAAGAAACCCAAGCUACCUUUGGAACUCAAAAUUCUCAAGGAAACCAAGCGGCCUUUGGAAUUCAAGAACAAAACACCCUUGGAACACAAGCUGCCUUUGGAAUUCAGGGACAAAAUGUUCAAGGAACACAAGCUUCCUUUGGAGUUCAAAAUUCUCAGGGAAACCAAGCUACUUUUGGAAGUCAAGGUCAAAGUACCCUUGGAACACAGGCUGCCUUUGGAAUUCAAGGACAAAACAUCCUUGGAACGUCAGGGCAAACCUCUUUUGAAACGAAUGGAGGGUUUCCUUCCGGUCAAUCUAAUUUCCAACAAGGGUCUGGGUUCAGUUCACAGGCUGGGUCCUCUUUUUCAGAUUCCUCGCUAGUAUUGGGUGGCGGUCAACUUUCUUCUCAGGAUCUUGUUUCACAAAUAAUAUUCGCUCUCAGGCCACAGAUAUCAUCAGCUGUACAAUCCGCAGUACAGCAGUCCUCAGCAACCGGAAACAGAUUCAUUGAACAAAAUGGCGUCAAGCGAUUUAAAACUGUCUCCAGUGGCAUUCAGUCGUCUUCGUUUGAUUCUGCGCGUCUAGUUGCUCAAAUUGUCGAGCAGCUGAGACCUCAAAUUUCAACUGCCGUUAAUAGUCUCGUGUAAAUAAAGUUUAUUGAUGACAAAUAAAUGACCAAAAUUAAA